AUGUCGCUAGUUCAAGGGUACUCAAGUUCAGAAGAGGAGAUAGAAUCUCAAGAGGAAAAUGCCAUUAAUCACAAGAGACAAAAGACUCUGACAAACACUUUUCAAAAGAUCCUGUACGAUCCAGCAGCUUUUGACGCCAAUUCUCAACAGAGCAAGCUCAAAGAAGCUAAAGCAAAAGCAAAAGAGUUGAAGCUACGACGCAAACGAAAUGGGGGCGACCCAUGGGCGCCGAUUCAUUCAGAAGAAGAGCAAGUGCAUAAACCCGAACCAGCUCAAAUACUCAAGGAAGAAGAAGAAGAAGAAGAAGAGAACACAGAGCUGGAAAAGUUCCCACCAAGUUCGGAAUUUGUUGGAUCAAAUAAACGUGAUUACCAAGGCAGAUCGUUUAUGCAUAUCCCCAGUGAGCUUACAAAGAAAAUACCCGGCGAUCAAGAAUGCUUUGUGCCAAAACUGGUGAUCCACACAUUCACCAAAGCCCAUCCCAAGGGUGUCAACAAAUUACAAUUCUUCCCCCAUUCUGGACAUUUACUCCUAUCCUGUGGGAACGAUGCGACUAUCAAAUUAUGGGCUAUUCGCGACGCUUUAGAGUUGUUGCGCAUUUAUAAGGGUCACAAGCUAGCGGUAAAGGACAUUUCAUUCAACUCCACUGGUGACAAGUUUCUCAGUUGUGGGUUUGACAAAAUCAUUAGAUUGUGGAAUACGGAAACUGGCGAAGUAAUAAAGACAUUUGAAAUGUCUUCAAUCCCCAAUGUAGUCCGGUUCAACCCCAACAUUGAGUCCGAGUUUGUGGUUGGUUUACUGAACCACAAGAUUGAACACUAUGAUUUAGCAGCUAUUCAUAACCCAAUACAAACGUACGACCACCACAUUGGUGCCAUAAAUGAUAUACUAGUGGACAAAGAAACGUUUAUAUCCACAUCCGAUGACAAAUCAGUACGUGUGUGGCAUUGGCAAAUCAAUAUUCCCAUAAAAGUCAUUUCGGAUCCAUCACAAUUUUCAACCCCAUCAAUCAAAAAACAUCCAAAGGCAAACUACAUUGCUUUGCAAAGCAUGGACAAUUGCGUCAAAGUGAUACACUCAACACGCAAAUACAAAUGGAACAAGAAUAAACUCUUCAAGGGUCACCAGAGUGCUGGUUAUGGAAUAGAAAUUGGAUUUUCGCCUGAUGGAAAAAUUCUAAUGAGUGGUGAUGCACGAGGAUAUGCAGUGUUUUGGGAUUGGCAAAGUAAAAAAAUUGUAAACAAGUUGAAAUUGAGCACCUUACCAAUCAAGUGCAUCACUUUUCAUCCAUUAGAGACGAGUAAAGUUGCCAUAGCGGGCAAUAGUGGCGAUAUAUACUACUGCGAUUGA